CCUCACGACUAAUUCUUCUCACACCAAAACCAAAACUAACACUCAAAAUUAAAUAUUAAUAAAUUUUAUUAAAACUUUCUUCUUCUUCUUCAAUGGCCACCGGAAAAAGCUACUACGCUCGGCCAAGCUAUCGCUUCCUCGGCACCGAUCAGUCCUACUUCGCCGCCACCGAUUCAGGUCUCGAGUUCGACGAAUCCGAUCUCUACUCAUCCGCCGGUUCCGUCCACUCCGCUUCGCCUCGGAAAAAAAUCUCUGCAUCCGUCAGAUCCGGUAAAAAACCGUCGAACCGGCCGUCCUCGUGCGCCGGCGCCGCCGCGACGUCGCUCCCGAUAAACGUGCCGGACUGGUCGAAGAUUCUCCGCGAGGAGCACCGCGAUAACCGUCGGAGGAGGAUCGAGGACGACGACGGAGAAUCGGAAGACGGAGAGGAGUGGUUGGACGGUAGCGGCGGGAGAUUGCCGCCGCACGAGUUUCUGGCGAGGACGAGGAUGGCGUCGUUCUCGGUGCACGAAGGAGUUGGGAGGACGUUGAAGGGGAGAGAUCUGAGUAGGGUCCGAAAUGCAAUUUUUGAGAAGAUUGGGUUCCAGGAUUGAUAUUUCGAAAGUUUUCCCAGAGGUCCCUUUAUUUUUGGUUUACUUCAAUCGUUUCCUCUUGGUUUUUUAAGUAACCGCGUGAGAGAGAGAGAGAGAGAGCAUAUAAUAUUUAUAGAAAUGCCCUCGAUUUAUCGAAUUUCCUAGAAUCUUACCCAUGUAAUUUUUUAAUAUUGAGAUAAUAUCACAUUUUGCGUAUUGAGUAAUAGAUAUAUAAACUUUCCGGAAGAAAUUAUCGUUUUA